AAGAUCGUGAAAAACCUGUUCCUUUACAAAAUGUUUCGGUUGAAGCGAAUAUUGUUGAUAUGAUAGCUGAAACAAUGGUUUGUCAGACCUAUAAAAAUGUUGAACAAAAUACGAUUGAAGCAAUUUAUAAAUUUCCACUUCAUGAGUCUGCAGCAAUAUGUGGUUUUGAAGCCGAAAUUGAUGGAAAGAGAAAAGUUAAAGGAAUACAAGGUCAUGGGGCUUAUCUGCUCGAAGAACAACUCCCAGAUAUUUUCCAAUGCUCCAUUGGUAAUAUCACAGCUGGUCAAACUAAACUUAUACCUGAUGUAGUAUCUUAUUCGAACAAGACUGAUUACUAUUUAAAGCUUGCUAUUACAUGUAGAAUGACUUCUACUAUUCAAAGCAUCGAAUCACCAUCUCAUCAUAUUUCAUCCGAAUUAAAUAUUGAUGGCAAUCCAAAUGUUUCAAAAAUUACUCUAGCUGAACAAAUUACUCAUUUAGAAAAAGAUUUUAUACUUGUUGUCAAAAGUUUGGGUCUCGAUCAGCCAAGAGCCUUUAUUGAACACAACCCUAAAAUGGAAACCAAUUGCAUUAUGUUAACUUUAGUACCAAAGUUUUCCAUUAAAGAAAUAGCGUCUGAAUUAAUUUUUAUAAUUGAUAGGUCUGGUUCAAUGAAUGGUGGACCGAUUAAAAAAGCAUCUGAAGCACUCCAAUUACUGCUUCGUUCAUUACCUGAAAAUUGUUUUUUUAAUGUGGUUUCAUUCGGGUCCAAUUUUGAUUCUUUAUUUAAAACGAGUCAACCUUAUUCUGAAGAAAGUUUUUUAAAAGCUCUCAAACAUGCUCAAGAAAUGGAUUCAAAUUAUGGAGGAACCGAAAUUUAUCUUCCUUUAAAAUGGGCCUUCGAAAAUUCAAAGAAUGAUAUGCCAACUUCCAUUUUCCUUCUUACUGAUGGUCAGGUUUAUAAUGUUGAUCAAAUUGUAGAACUUAUUAAAUCUAACGAAGAAAAAAAGAAAGAUGAUUUAAGGUUUUUUUCAAUUGGAAUUGGUGAUUCAGUUUCUCAUCAUUUAGUUGAAUCUGUUUCUCGUGCUGGUAAAGGAUAUGCUCAAUUUGUUACAAAUAAUGAACGAAUGGAUAAAAAGAUUCUUGGAAUGUUAAAAAAUGCUAUUAAACCUCCUAUUAAAGAUUAUAAUAUUACUUGGACAAAUCAGAUCCUUGAUGAUAAUUUACCAAUAGAACCAAAUCCUACUGAUAAGCCAACUAUUAGUUUCUUUAGCGAUAAUACUACACCUCCACCGAUUGAUCAAAAAAUCUUUACAAAUAUAAAAAUUCAACAAGCACCAUACUUAAUUCCGCCAAUUUAUCCUGGUACUCGAUUUAUAGUUUAUUGUAUUUUAGAAAAAGGUGUUGAACCUUGUAAAGAAAUUGUAUUGAGUGGAAUCUCCAGUGAGGGCCCUAUAAAGCUUUCUGUUUCAUUAGAUCCUGUAGCUUUACAAGGAUCAAAAAUUCAUACACUUGCGGCUAGAAAGCUUAUUCAAGAUCUUGAAGAAGGAUCUUCAUUUAUUCAUAGGCAUCCAAAAAAUAGUGGGAAAACUAUACCAAACUCAUUUAUUCGUGAACAAGUUGUAAAUUUGGGUGUAACAUAUAGCUUGGCUUCCAAACAUACAAGUUUUCUUGCAAUUGAUGAAAGAGACAAUAAGCUAGUGGCCGAAGUCAAAAACCCUCCAGCUCGAAGAAUCGUUCCAGUCUCUGCACCUUCGUUUGUUACUAUGCGUUGUUAUGCACCUAUUCCUGCUUCUCGUACCUUUUUUGGUGCAGCAAUUAAAACUUCUAUGAUAGGAGUGGCAGGACUUGCUCCUGAAGCAAAUCAAUCAGAUGAAAUUGAUCAAAUUGAGGCAGAUUUAUCAACUACUUCUAUAAAAUCAAAACCUCCAAAGAUUGAAAUUCUUUAUAAAUUUCUCAAUUUUCAAUCAUUUGAUGGUUCAUUUUUACCAUCUACUAAAUUUUAUUCUUGGUUUGAUAAAAAUAAUUUUAAAGAUUUUGAAUUUAUUGGAAUUAAAAAUGAGAAAGUAUUAUGCUUAGCAUUGGCAAUGGCAUAUUUGGAAAUUAUUAUGUUUGAAACGUUUAAAGAUGAAUGUGAAAUGUGUUAUGGAAAAGCUAAGAAAGCUUUGAAAAAGGAAGUUGGUGAUGAUGAACAAAAGGUUAAUGAAAAUUUGGAAAAAGCCAGAGCAUGGGUUAAAAAGUGGGCUGAUGAAUAA